CGAGCGUUCAAAUGAGUGUUUGAGGUUUCCCACGCCAGAAACUACACGAGACGUUUGUUAAUAUAAUCAUGAACAGAGAGGAUGAUGAGUAAGGCUUGUGUUUGAGUUUAUCUCAUGAUAAUAUGGCUGGAAACAGUGAGAUAUCAGAAGGAGAACUCAUGAAAGAUGAAGCUCGUGAUCUGUUUGAGUUUGGAGAUGAUCUGGAGCUUAACCCGUUUGAUGGUUUGCCAUAUUCCUCCAGAUAUUACAGACUGCUACAGGAGAGAAAAACUCUACCUGUUUAUAAACACAAACAUCAAUUCAUGACUUACCUGGAAAACCAUCAGAUUAUUUUAGUGUCAGGUACAAGUCACACCGGGAAAAGCACACAGAUCCCACAGUGGUGCGCAGAAUUCUGUCUGUCUGCGCAGUAUCAGCACGGUGUGGUGGUCUGCAGUCAGAUUCAGAGACAGCAGGCGGUUGAUUUGGCCCUCCGUGUAGCAGAUGAGAUGGAUGUAAACAUCGGACAUGAAGUUGGAUACAACAUACCACUAGAGACAUGCUGCUCCAACGAUACUGUUCUCAGGUAUUGUACAGAUGAUAUACUGCUGAGGAAGAUGAUGUCUGAUCCACUGCUGGAGCAUUAUGGUGUUGUGGUGAUAGAUCAGGCCCACGAGAGAACCGUGAGCACCGAUGUUCUGCUGGCUCUCCUCAGAGAGGUUCUUCUCCAGCGGCCUGAGCUCAGGGUGGUGGUUCUGACCUCACCGCCCGCAUCAGACGCGCUCCUCACGCAUUACAGCAACGUACCGCACCUGCGUGUGGAUGUGGCGCAUGCGGGUGAGGUGGUCUACAGCAACAGUAUCAGAGCUGAAAGCUUUUAUUCUGCACUGAGACUCACGCUGGAGGUCCAUCGAUCCAAAGAGCCUGGAGAUGUGGCCGUCUUCUUGGCUUCUGAACAGGAUGUUGUCUGUGCCUGUAAUAUUCUUGCUAAAGAAGCAGCCAGAAUGAGCGUGAGUCUGGGAGAACUGGUACCAGUAGCUCUGUGCCCAGGGACUGCAGGUGUGUGCCCACCAAUCACAGAAAGGAAGAAGAGGAGUAGGAGGGUCUUUCUCUCUUGUAGCCAAUCAGAAGAUCUGUUCUGGUCAUUGGACAACAUUAAUUUUGUCAUUGACACUGGAGUGGAGAAGAGAUUAGUGUAUAAUCCACGACUAAGGUCCAGUUCAGAAGAGCUUCGACCCAUCAGUAAAUGUCAGGCAGAAAUCCGUAAACAGAUCACUGGACGGACAGGAAAAUGCUUCUGUUUAUACCCCGAGGAGACGCGGCUGCCUCCUGACGUUCCUCCUCGGAUACUGGAAUCAAACAUCACAUCUACUGUACUCUAUCUGAAGCGAAUGGAAGUGGCCGGGCUUGGCCAUUGUGAUUUUAUCAGCAGACCUGAUCCUGAAGGACUCAUGCAAGCAUUAGAAGAACUGGAUUAUCUUGCUGCAUUGGACAAUGAUGGAAAUCUAUCCGAGAUGGGCAUCAUAAUGUCAGAGUUUCCUGUAGAUCCACAGAUGGCCAAAGCCCUGCUGGCAUCCUGCGAGUUUGACUGCGCCAGCGAGAUGUUGACCAUCGCUGCAAUGCUUGCAGCACCAAGCUGCUUCAUUGAGCCUCCUGUUGGCAUGGUAACCGAAGCCAUGCGAUGUCAUAUGAUGUUUCAGCAUCCUGAGGGCGAUCACUUCACCCUCAUUAACAUCUACAACACCUUUAAACGCUGCCAGAAGGAACCAUAUUUCAGUCAGGAGAAAUGGUGCCAGAAUUACUUCCUAUGUUGUGCUGCCCUCCAGACAGCAGACGCCAUCAGAGCCGAACUAACAGAUAUUCUCAAACGGCUCGAGCUGCCGAUAUCAGAUCCUUCAUUCGGCACCAAAACCAAUGCCGUCAACAUCAAGAGGGCUCUGCUCGCCGGAUACUUCAUGCAGAUUGCCAGAGAUGUGGACGGAUUGGGGAAUUACUUCAUGCUUUCGAAUAAACACGUGGCUCAGGUUCACCCGCUGUCUGGUUAUGGCGCUAAAGCUCAUAAACUGGGUUUACCCGAGUGGGUUCUGUUCCACGAGUACACGCUGUUGGACAACUGCAUUACAACCGUCACACACAUCUCACCACAGACGUUUGUUGAAAUGGCACCGCAGUAUUUUUUCUGUAAUCUGCCACCUAGUGAAAGUAAAGAGAUACUGCAGCACAUUAUGGACUGUGCAAACCGAAAAGCAAAUGCUCAACCGGCUGUGACAGAAACUCAGAGAGACACCGAAGAGGUUGAAUCACAUGAUCGAUGUGUCAUCCAGUAAAUGUUUGUAUUGAGUGACAUUAAAACCCUGUUAUAACAGAGUCUUAUGAGAAUGAAUGUAAAUAUAGUGUUAAAUGAUUUUGUGGCCAAUAAUUCUGUUUGUCGUUUAUUUUGUGGGUAAUUUUGACUGAUUAUGUACAGAAUGAAUAAAUUAUUUCAAUUGUUAGAAGGGAUUUGUUAUUGUUUGUUUUGUUAUACAACCCUAAAAUUAAGGCUCAAAGUCCACGGGCAG